UUCUGAGAAGGUAAGAGAGAAUAUAAGCGGGCGUGGGAGAGACGAGAAUGGCGUUUGUAAGCAGCAGUAGUUGCUGUAGAGCGGCUUUCUCACAGUCCUCAUCUCUGCAAUUUCGAUUCCCUUUGGUGCGAGCUUUUUGCGUGCUGAGUGUGGGUCUCACCAAUCUCAGUCCUUCAUCAACGUCCAUCAUCAAGACGGGGUGCGCACAGUCCCACCCUCUUCUCCCUUUCUUAAGGAAACUCACCAUACUGAGAAAAGACAAAGGCAAGAGCCAACAAGCAGAGGAGGAAGACAUGUUUUUGUGUCAGAGCCUGAGAACAAGAAAGAGGGUGACAUUCCUUGUGCUAAUGACAAUGAUGAUGAUGAUGUCUUGGAGAUUCAUAAUUACAAUGUCAAAGUUUAAUAGCCAAUCAUCUGCAAAAGCUAUUCAAUCUACCAGGAUGGAAGGCAAUGCCAGCACUGUACCCAGUAUCGUUGUAUAUGUUACUGUGCCAAAUAAAGAAGCAGGCAAGAAGCUGGCUGGGAGCAUCAUCAAAGAAAAGCUGGCAGCAUGUGUCAACCGAGUACCAGGUAUCGAAUCUGUUUAUUGGUGGGAGGGUGAGAUUCAGACAGAUUCGGAGGAAUUGCUCAUAAUCAAGACCAGGGAGUCGCUGUUGGAGGCCUUGACAGAGCAUGUGAAGGCCAAUCAUGAAUAUGACCUCCCAGAAGUCAUUUCCAUGCCCAUCACCGGUGGAAAUAUCAAGUACUUGGAAUGGAUCAAAAGCAGCACAAGGGACUGAACAGAUGCAACAAGAAGUGGCACCUGCAUGAAAUCUUCUAGGAUCAUGAACCCAUUUCUAGUUUGAAUAUUAAAAGCUGCACCAGUGCUUUCUAUAGACAGUUUGUGUACUGUUUGUCGUAAAUUCAGAUUACAAGACAAAUGACAUUGAAAAGUCCACCUCCCUCGUGGAGAAGAAUGCCAGUUCAUGACAUCUUCUAUGCCUCA